AUGCCUCCAAGAAGGUUGCAGACGCCAUCCCGGACACGAGCAACUGCGGCCCACCUGGCCCAGAUCGGGCCCAGAUCCCCCGACUUUGACGAUGACGCACUGCCGCCGACCUCCUUCGACCCGUUCGUCGAUGAGGCCGCCGAGGCGGGCGCCACCGCCGGGGCCGGGGACGACAGCCGCGUGCACCUCCGCGUGCAGCAGCGCAAUGGCAGGAAGACGCUGACCACAGUGCAGGGGCUUAGCAAGGGCUACGACUACGCCAAGGUGCUGCGGGACCUCAAGCGGGAGCUCUGCUGCAACGGCACCGUCGUCGAGGACAAGGAGCUCGGCAACGACAUCCAGCUGCAGGGCGACCACCGCAAGAAGGUCGCCGCCUUCAUCACCAAGGCCGGACUCGCAAAGAUGGACUGCAUCAAGGUCCACGGCUUCUAG